GAUAUUCUUGGAUUUGUAUUAUCGUUCACCUAGCAACUAAGAUAAUACUGAUAAAUUACCCUCGUUCCGCCACAAUUAAGCUUUUUCUGUCUAUGUCAUACAAUAUUUAGAAGGUAUGCGUAACCCUCAGAACAUAAAACAAACAUCCUGGAAAUAAUUAUAAAAGUAUUUAGAAUAUAGCAUAAGUAUCCUUUUAAAAAAAAUGAAGAUCUUUGUGAUAAUGUUAUUGUUUAUUUUCGGCGUAAACAGCGAUGAUUCAAUUUUUAAAGAUUUGAAAUCAUAUUAUGAAUUUAGAGAAGAUUUUGAAAGAGACACUGAAUUAUUCAAUUUUACUUUGGCAAGACCAGUAUUAAGGACAUAUUUCGAUCCAACAAAUUUUCCAUUCAAGAUUAAACCAAUAAAAGAAUCUAUUCAAUUCAGUUUCAUUUUAAAUGAAAAUUUUGAUUAUUCAAUUACCACCACUUAUGAUUUUAAAAUAGUAGCUCAAGAAGGUGAAGAGAAUUAUUAUAGUAAAGCAGUUAAAAUUGUAGUCAUAAAAGUAAAUAAGUAUAAACCAUAUUUUCUUCAAUAUAAUGAUACUAUAAAUUUAGAAGAGGAAAAAAUUCAUGGUGAAGUUUUAAGUAUAUUGGCCAAAGAUGAUGACAAAAAAGAUUUUAUUAAAUGUUAUAUUGAAAACAUUGACAAACUAGACAGUAAGUUCUCACUACUGGAAAUGCCAUUAAGUAAAGAUGAAAGGCCUCUUAAUAAUGUCACUCUGAAAAAUAUAGAAAAAUUAGAUUAUGAAUCAAUGACUUCUUAUAGAAUUGUGAUAAUAGUCAAGGAUAAUCAACAUGAAGAACGUGAUAUGAAACUAGAAGGAACUGAAUUUUCAAAUAAAGCAAUUAUAUAUAUCAACAUUGUUGAUAUAGAUGAUCAAAACCCAACUUUUAUUAAAGAUUGUGGUGUACAAAGGAUAAGAGAGCAUUCUUAUGGUACUGUGGCUGUUGUCCAUGCUAUUGAUGGAGAUCGUGGCAUUAAUAAUCCUAUUCAAUACAGCAUUGAUGAAAAUUUGCAAUCUUCAUAUUUUGGAAUAAGAAAANAUUUUGAAAUUUUUGUU